AUGAUAACGAUCCUAAGCAUACCUCGGCAUUGGAUGAGAAAUAAUGGGGUUAGAGUUUUGCAAUGGCCAUCUUCAUCUCUGGAUUUAAAUCCCAUUGAACGUUUGUGGGACGUAUUGGAAGAUCGUGUCAAGAAACGUCAGCCAAAAAGCAAGACAGAGUUGGCGUUGCAUCUGGUAGAGGAAUGGAACAAGACUGAACUACCAGUCUUAGCAAAGUUAGUUGGAUCGGUUCCCAGUAGAUUGAAUGAAUGUAUCAAAAUGAAAGGCUAUUCAACUCGUUACUAG